CUUAAUUUUAAAUGCGCACAACAGCAUGCUAUGAUAAUCGUAAGCAAUGUGUGAAUACGCGUGACACGUGUCAUCAACAAUGGCGCUGAAGAGCCUUAUCUCAUCCACGUGUCUGUGCGUCCCUCGUUAAGAUGCGAGGCUUGAAUUGUUCACGGAAUUAACGCAGCCUUUGACAACGUCGGGAACGCGUGUCCCAUCGCCAAUUGCUCAAAGUGUCGCGGUUGCGUGCGAGAGGCACUUUUGUGAAAUCCACUGCCUGUUGUCAUACAUCACCGUUCUGGUCGGUGCGAUUUGGCGUGUAAAGUGCGGGCACAACAACAACAACAAUGCGUGUUCUGCCUUUGUUGACCACUGCUAAAUGUACAGUGAACAAACGUUAAGCUCAAUAAAACAAGUUUAAGCUGUGAAUACUGUAUGUUAUUCAUUAGUAAUCAUUAACUCGCUGACUACUGCGUUAAGACAUCAAAUAGCUUAUUAAAUCCAAUACAGUCGUUUUCUCACGUACUGCAUGUGUAUUUGUCUCCAUCGCAUAUGACAAUUCAAUAAUUAGUGUAAGUGCUCGCGAGCUACAUCAGCAGCGCGCCUUCGCCGUUCUGAAUUCACAGAAGUGGUGUGACCGGUGACUUUGUUGUGUUCGUUUUAAACUCCAUGAUGACAUACGGAGGCAUCUCAUUCACCGGGCAAUAUUCAGUCGUUCAUUCAUCAUUCACAACGCGACGCUUUGGAGGUGAUUAAAGAACAACCUCGGACUCUUUACUUUAUUCCAGCUGGUAAGGCCCACUGAGCUGAGCAGCUCUGUUAAAAUGAAGACCACAGCCCAAGACCGUCUACAGGGAGGGAAUGUGCAAACUAACUAGAGCAAAAACAAGCCUUAUUUACACGAAACCUGCGCUCCGUUGAAGACGACCAAUGACAAAAACAUUUUGAAAGUCCAAGAGACUAACACGAAUACCAAUAUAACUGAACAAAGCAAUCCCAAACCGGCCAACAUGGCAUCUUCAGCAACAACGGCAGCAACAUCGACCGAAGCGUCAAUCACGGUGGCCUCCAAGGUGCCCUUUGCCGACCUGUGCAAGACCCUGGAAAAGAUAAGGUCCAGCAAGGCCCGGCCGGAGAAGGAGCGUCACUUCAAGGAGUUCCUCGGUGCCUGGAGGAAGUUCCACAACGCCCUGCACCACGGCGGUGAUGCCGGCACCACCACCACGACCACCAGCACCACGACCACCAGCACCACGACCACCACCAGCACCACCACCACCAGCGACUCCUUCUACCCGGCCAUGCGGCUCGUGCUGCCCCAGUUGGAGCGCGAGCGCGUGGCGUACGGCGUGAAGGAGAGCGCGCUCGCCAAGCUCUAUAUCGAGGUUUUGGGACUCCCGCGGGACGGGAAGGACGCCGCUCGGCUGCUCAACUACCGGGCGCCGGUGGGGGGCGCGCAGCGGGGCGACGCGGGGGACUUCGCGUCGGUCGCCUACUUCGUGCUGCGGCCUCGCUGCUCGGCGGGCGGCAGGCUCACCGUGGAGGACGUAAACCGCCAGCUGGACGCCCUGGCCUCGGGCAACGCGUCCAAGAGCAAGGAGCGGGUGAAGACGAGCCUGCUGACGCUGCUGGGCAGCACGUCGGCGCUGGAGCAGAAGUGGCUCAUCCGCAUGGUGCUCAAGGAGAUGAAGAUGGGCCUGAGCCAGCAGAGUAUCCUGGACCUGUUCCACGCGGACGCCGCUGACCUCUACGGGGUCACGGUGGACCUGCACAAGGUGUGCCGGCAGCUGCACGACCCGGCAGCGAGCUGCGACGACGUGCACUCGGUGCGCCUCUUCUCGGCGUUCAAACCCAUGCUGGGCGCCGUGGGCAAGAUGGACCGGGUGGAGCGGCUCAUGAGCCACCAGCCCUUCUACGUGGAGACCAAGCUGGACGGAGAGCGCAUGCAGCUGCAUCGCGACGGCGACGUUUACAGGUACUUCUCCCGCAACGGCUUCGAGUACACUGCGCAGUUCGGCGGCGCCCCGACCGAGGGCUCGCUCACGCGCUUCGUGCACGCCGCCUUCGCUCCGCACGUCUCCAGCGUGAUCCUCGACGGCGAGAUGAUGGGCUACAACGCGCGCUCCUCCACCUUCGUGACCAAGGGCGGCCGCUUUGACGUCAAGCACCUCGGGGGCGACGCCGACUCGCCGCUGCAGGCGUGCUUCUGCGUCUUCGACGUGCUGCUCCUCAACGGGCAGCGGCUCACCGGCGAGCCCCUCCGGCGACGUGACGAGCUCCUGCGCGAGACCUUCGCGCCCGUCGAGGGGCGCCUGCGGGCGGUGGAGAAGCGCGAGAUCCGCUCGCGCGGCGACGUCGCCGACGCCCUCAACGACGCCAUCGACGGCCGCGAGGAGGGCAUCAUGAUCAAGGACCCGGCGUCCGUCUACAAGCCGGACAAGCGCGGCUACGGCUGGUACAAGAUCAAGCCCGAGUACAUGGGCGACCUGAUGGACGAGCUGGACCUGCUGAUCGUCGGCGGCUACUGGGGCAAGGGCAGGCGCGGCGGCAUGAUGUCGCACUUCCUGUGCGCCGUGGCGGAGGUGGCGGAGGACGGGGAGCAGCCGGCGGUGUUCCACACGCUGUGCCGCGUCGGCUCGGGCUACACCAUGCAGGAGCUCUACGACCUGGGCCUCAAGCUGGCACCACACUGGCGCCCGUACCGGCGCAAGGACCCACCCGGCUGCAUCCUGUGCGCCACAGAGAAGCCGGAGGUGUACCUGGAGCCGUGCAACGCGGUCGUCGUGCAGGUGCGGGCGGCGGAGAUCGUGGCGAGCGACCAGUACCGCACCGGCUGCACUCUGCGCUUCCCGCGCAUCGAGCGCAUCCGGGACGACAAGGCGUGGCACGAGUGCCUCACGCUGACGGGCCUGCGGGCCCUGCGGGCCGCCGGGAGGCUCACCAAGCGCCACGUGGACGCGGCCGCCACCGCCGACGGGGACGGAGACAGCGACAAGAAGCGGCGGCGUCGCGCUGCGGCCACCGCUGCCGGCCCGGGGUCUCGCCGCACCAUCGCUGUGCAGGAGCGGUUCAGAGCGCAGGACCUUUCUGGGGUGGAGCGCAAGAGCGAGCUCUUCCAAGACGUGGAGAUGUGCGUGAUGGGCGGAACGGCGGAACACCCGAAGGCUCAGCUGGAGCGGCGUGUGGCGGAGUGCGGUGGCUUCAUCGUACAGAACCCGGGCCUGGAUACCUACUGCGUCCUUGUGGACGUCCUGACCGCCCGCGUGCGCAACGUCAUCGGGGCCGGCAAGCACGACGUCAUCCGAGCGGGCUGGCUUGUGGAGUGCCUGGAGAGGGGCUCGCUUGUGCCGUGGCAGCCGCGCCACGUGGUGCACCUGACGGAGGAGACAAAGCAGGAGUACACCAAGGAGUUUGACGAGCAUGGUGACAGCUACUUCUCCCUGACGGACGAGCCGCAGCUGCGCGAGGUGUUCGGCCGCAUGGCGGAGCGCGGGACGGGGAAACCGGUGCCGGCAAGCACCAUCGCCGACAUCGAGGAGAGGUACGGCUGGGCCGGGCAUCCAGCGGUGCUGUUUCGCCGCUGCGUCUUUUACCUGGACAUGUGCACGGUGGUGGGCGACCCCUCGACAGCCCUCGCCAACUGCAGCCUGGAGCUGCUGGGGCUGCAGCUGCGGGCGCGGGGAGCCGUGCUCGCCUCCUCGCCCGCCGCCGGCGUCGCCGUGACGCACGUGCUGUCGCUGGCGGACGACGCCGGGCGCCUCGGGCGGAUCAAGGCGGCGCGCCGCGGGCUCGCGGGCAAGCUGUUCCGCAUUGUGCGCGCGGAGUGGGCUACGGAAUCGCUGCGAGCGGGGCGGCUCGUGGACGAGCAGGAGUAUCUGCUGUGAGGGCGUGGCAGCGUCGCGAGAUCUGUGCGGCGCGCACAGCUUGGGAUCGAUCGCUUUUGAGGCCAGGUCGUUAUUUUACAACAACGGCGGUGAACCACGUGGCUCCGUGGGCGACUUUGUUUCGUGCGGCCCGCAGCCACGCGUGCCCUGUAACGGUAUCUUGGCGGCACAGAUUGGGUACUGCAGGGGAAUAUUUUCGACCUGACAACUCUUUUGUGGUUUCAAUUUUAGCGUGCUCGGUCACUUUUGUCGCUGCAAGGGCGUCUCGCAGUGACCGACAGAUGUGGCUGAGGUGUGUGUGUUCAUGUGUGGUCCCACUCGCAGUGACCGACAGAUGUGGCUGAGGUGUGUGUGUUCAUGUGUGGUCCCACUGAAGAUAUUUGAAAAUCCUAUUAGGUGUCCCCUAUUUGACGAGGCAAGAGCCCACUGGGAUAGGCGAAUUAUUUAUUUAAAUAUCAUAUGUGGGAAUUGAUAGUCGCAGCCAUAUCAUUUGUACUCGUGUUUCUAAAUGUGGAGGGCAAAACUGGAGGACCCGGAGAAAAAUCCACAUGACCACGGGGAGAGUCACGGGGAGAACAUGCACAGUCCAAAUAUCCAGGUGUCGGGUCGGGAUUAGGGUCAUAGGUCAGAGCCUAUGACCUGCGUACCAGGUGAGCGAGAGUCCAUCUCUUUGCUGCCGUGGCGCAAAACUAUUUUAGCUAGACGAAAAUAUGAGCUCAAAGAGCUAAAUUGUGAACUACAAGAGAAACAUCAAUAAGUACGUGUGUAAAAUGUCAAACAUGAAAGAGUACGCACCCGAAAUAUUUUAAACAUGCCAGUUUUAAAUAUUAAAAGUCACGUAUUUCAUCUGGAUAUAUGAGAGGUGCAGAAUAAUGAUUACAUUUAAAUGAAAAAAAUAUGCUGCAUCUGCCAGCGACUGCUAAUAUAUGUUAGAUUAUUCAUGCUGGUGAUUGCCAAUCAGUGAUUCACAUCGUUGAUUUGAAGAAUCAACAAAAGACACGGGCGCUGCCUCGUUAAGUAUGCACAGUUAUAAGUGACAGCAUGAAGGCACUCCUCCAGCUAAUGCAGUGCCUUCAAAAAUCACACGCGAUAUACCCACGUGUUAAUGCGAUUGUGCGAUAAUGACCAAGUAGUUUUCAUCGCCUGCAAGUGUGUUCCUUGAAUGUAAUUUUUUAAACACAGUUUGUAAGCGUCGUCACUAGCUUUCAUAUUAUUAUACGUUUGCCGUGGCGCGAGAUGUACUAGUAAAUUAUUGUUCUUUGUCGAAUCGUUACGUUUUGCUCUGCCGCUUACUAUGCUUGACUCGUGUUUGAUUGGUCACGUGUUCGUGCGCAGUGAAUGAACGGGGAGGGGGGUUUGCGUUUAAAAAUAAAUAAAAACACUACGUGCUUAUUUGU